ACUAUUGUGUUAAAAUUGAUGGUAUUCCAAAGAAGAAAAAAGUUACUUAUAGUAAAUUUUGAAAUAAGAAAAAGAUUACCUGAUUCAUUCACUUAGCGACCUCCUUCAUGAAACAAACGUGGCCUCCUCCGUUUCUAUUUUACUUUAUAUACCCAUAUUCACACAUGUACAAAUACACUCAUAACAUACAUUUGUAGGUUUCAUUUGUUCACAAGAAACUCUCAUCAACUAAACCUAAUUAAUCAAUACUUUUAGUUAUGGCUGAUCAGCUACGAAGCCACAACACUUCAGAUUCUCGUCGCAAAUCAUCAGCCGGGAAACGAACCUCACUACGUACUACAACGUCAUCAUUUUCUUCCGGCGGAGCCAUGGCGGAGACUGCAACGACGGGGACAGGAACGGCGUCGCCUUGUGGGGCUUGCAAGUUCUUGAGAAGGAAGUGUGCUAGUGGAUGCAUUUUCGCUCCACAUUUCGGGUCGGACCAAGGAGCGGCUAGGUUCGCGGCGGUCCAUAAGGUGUUUGGAGCUAGCAACGUGUCUAAACUGUUGCAUCACAUUCCGGUGAACCGUCGUCACGACGCGGUGGUUACGAUUUCAUACGAGGCUCAGGCUAGGCUCUCUGAUCCUGUGUAUGGCUGCGUCUCAACUAUCCUUGCUCUCCAACAACAGGUGGCUGCGCUACAAUCGGAGUUAUCGUUGGUGCAAUCACAACUAGUAAACAGUAGAGUCGCAAUGGCCAACGUUAUGCAACAACAACAACAACAAAGCCACCACCACCAACAACAACAAUUAGUCGUUAUGCAACAACCCGAAUACUCCAACAACUCAUCCGCUUCCACCAUGAACCGCUUCACCGCGACGGCAGCAGCGGCCAUCGGCUAUGACGUCAUGGCUCCGGCUAACUUACAACAUUCGUUGCAGCCUAUGCCACGGCAUCAGCAGGUUACAAGAAAUCAGCAUGAGGAUGAGGAAGAGAGUGGUGCUGAUUUUUCGGUAGCUGUUGGUUCGACGGCGGUGGCUGCGGAGGUUAUCUUUCCGGCGGAGGGUUUUCACCGGAUAUGA